GAUAUUGUUUGAAUAACCAAUAUUUUAAAAGUUUGAGUCUGUUGCUAUUCUUAAAUGAAUAGAAGCCAAGGCGAUGUUGUGUGUGUUUUUUCUUUGUUUCCAGGGAAGCCAAUAUUUUCAGUUGAUAUUCACCCUGACGGGACCAAGUUCGCAACUGGAGGACAAGGACAGGAUUCUGGGAAGGUUGUGAUCUGGAAUAUGUCUCCAGUCCUCCAGGAGGAUGACGAGAAGGAUGAAAAUAUUCCCAAGAUGCUUUGCCAGAUGGACAAUCACUUAGCAUGUGUGAACUGUGUGCGGUGGUCAAACAGUGGGAUGUAUUUAGCUUCUGGGGGAGAUGACAAACUGAUUAUGGUGUGGAAGCGGGCUACGUACAUCGGCCCCAGCACUGUCUUCGGCUCCAGUGGUAAGCUUGCCAACGUGGAGCAGUGGCGAUGUGUCUCCAUCCUCCGGAGUCACUCAGGCGAUGUGAUGGACGUAGCAUGGUCUCCUCAUGACGCCUGGCUGGCUUCGUGCAGCGUGGAUAACACUGUCGUCAUCUGGAAUGCAGUGAAGUUCCCAGAAAUUCUAGCUACUCUGAGAGGUCAUUCUGGCUUGGUAAAAGGGUUGACUUGGGACCCUGUUGGUAAAUAUAUUGCCUCUCAAGCUGAUGACCGCAGCCUGAAGGUGUGGAGGACGCUGGACUGGCAGUUGGAGACCAGCAUCACCAAACCUUUUGAUGAGUGUGGAGGGACAACCCAUGUGUUGCGGCUCAGCUGGUCACCUGAUGGACAUUACCUGGUGUCUGCCCAUGCUAUGAACAACUCCGGCCCCACCGCCCAGAUCAUCGAGCGGGAGGGCUGGAAGACCAACAUGGACUUUGUCGGACACCGGAAAGCUGUGACUGUUGUGAAAUUCAACCCAAAAAUCUUCAAAAAGAAGCAGAAGAAUGGGAGUUCUGCGAAGCCCAGCUGCCCGUACUGCUGCUGUGCUGUUGGCAGCAAGGACCGUUCUCUCUCUGUCUGGCUCACGUGUCUUAAACGACCUUUGGUUGUCAUCCAUGAGCUGUUUGACAAAUCCAUCAUGGAUAUUUCCUGGACUCUGAACGGGCUGGGCAUCCUGGUGUGUUCCAUGGAUGGUUCUGUGGCAUUCCUAGACUUCUCCCAGGAUGAGCUUGGAGACCCCCUGAGCGAGGAGGAGAAGAGCCACAUUCACCAAUAAACCUAUGGGAAAAGCUUGGCUAUCAUGACCGAGGCCCAGCUGUCUACAGCUGUCAUCGAGAACCCGGAGAUGCUCAAGUACCAGCGGAGGCAGCAACAGCAGCAGCUGGACCAGAAGAGUGCCGUGGCCAGAGAGACGGGCUCAGCUGCCUCAGUCGCCGGUGUCGUCAAUGGGGAGAGUCUGGAAGACAUCAGGAAGAAUCUUUUGAAGAAACAAGUUGAGACGCGGACAGCAGACGGUCGGAGGAGAAUCACACCUCUCUGCAUAGCACAGCUGGACACCGGGGACUUCUCCACGGCGUUCUUUAACAGCAUCCCACUCUCAGGCUCCCUGGCAGGCAGCAUGCUCUCCUCUCACAGUAGUCCACAGCUGCUGCCACUGGACGCCAGUACCCCCAACUCCUUCGGCACCUCAAAGCCUUCCACGGAACCUGCGGCAGCAGCCGGCACCAGGCCUGCGGGCAGUUCUGUCAAUAAGGACAGUGUGAACGCUACCUCGGCUCCUGCUGCAUCAUCCCCCUCUGUGUUAACAACCCCAUCCAAGAUUGAACCCAUGAAAGCGUUUGACUCCCGGUUCACAGAGCGGUCCAAAGCCACGCCUGGUGCUCCUGUCCUGACAAGUGUGACACCGACGGCCGUAGAAAGGUUGAAAGAGCAGAACCUUGUGAAAGAGUUGAGGCCCCGGGACCUCCUGGAGAGCAGCAGUGACAGCGAUGAGAAGGUUCCAGUGGCCAAGUCCUCCUCCCUCUCCAAGCGAAAACUGGAGCUUGAGGUGGAAACAGUGGAGAAAAAGAAGAAAGGGCGACCUCGGAAGGACUCACGGCUCAUGCCCAUGUCUCUGUCUGUCCAGUCCCCAGCUGCUCUGACCGCAGAAAAGGACACUGUGUGUUUGUCUGUACCAGCGCCUACACUGAAGCUGCCCAUGCCGGGCCCCCAGAGAGCAUUCACCCUCCAGGUGAGCUCCGACCCCUCCAUGUACAUUGAGGUGGAGAAUGAAGUGACAGCCGUUGGGGGAGUGAAGCUGAGCCGCUUGAAGUGUAACCGGGAAGGGAAGGAGUGGGAGACGGUACUCACUAGCCGGAUCCUCACUGCUGCCGGUAGCUGUGAUGUGGUAUGUGUCGCCUGUGAAAAGAGGAUGCUGUCAGUGUUCUCCACCUGUGGUCGCCGCCUCCUCCCUCCCAUCCUCCUGUCAUCCCCAAUCUCCACGUUGCAUUGCACAGGCUCCUACGUCAUGGCGCUCACUGCUGCGGCCACGUUAUCUGUCUGGGAUGUUCACAGACAGGUGGUUGUGGUAAAAGAAGAAUCUCUGAAUUCUAUCCUGGCAGGAAGUGAUAUGACGGUGUCACAGAUCUUGCUUACACAGCAUGGAAUCCCAGUGAUGAACCUGUCCGAUGGAAAGGCCUACUGCUUUAAUCCAUCACUUUCUACAUGGAACCUGGUUUCUGACAAGCAAGACUCCCUGGCCCAGUGUGCGGACUUCAGGAGCAGCCUGCCUCCCCAGGACGCCAUGCUGUGCUCGGGACCCUUAGCCAUAGUUCAGGGCCGUGCCUCCACCUCAGGGAGGCAGGCAGCCCGGCUUUUCUCCGUGCCUCACGUGGUGCAGCAGGAGACGACUCUGGCCUACCUAGAAAACCAGGUGGCAGCAGCACUCACCCUGCAGUCCAGCCAUGAGUAUCGCCAUUGGCUCCUCCUCUACGCACGGUACCUUGUGAACGAAGGGUUUGAAUACCGACUCCGAGAAAUAUGCAAGGACUUACUGGGUCCGGUUCACUACUCCACUGGAAGCCAGUGGGAGUCAACGGUAGUGGGUCUACGGAAGAGGGAGCUACUGAAGGAACUGCUGCCAGUCAUCGGGCAGAACCUCCGCUUCCAGCGUCUCUUCACCGAAUGUCAGGAACAGCUCGACAUCCUAAGGGACAAGUAG